AUCCUUUGUUCCUGGUCACAACCUGGUCGCCGCCAUUUUCGUCAGCUAGUGUCGCAGAAGUGGUCGACGUUGUCAUUACGCUAGCAGUUAUUUGUUCCUUGAAGGUAACUUUUGAAGGUGCUUGACUCGUUGAUAACAACGACGAUAGUUUGCGUUAACAAAGUUUAAUUUAUCAAGAUACUUAACUGCGCAUAAAGAUGUCCAACGAGCAGGCCGAAAAUACUGCCGAGAAAGUAGGCCAGCAGCAGCAGCCGCUGCCGCCACCCGCGCAGCAGCAACAACAGCAGCAGCAGCAGCAAGGAGAGGUGAAUGGGAAAGCCAAGCAUGAGCCCAAUUCAAGCAGGAAGGAGAGGCCUCAGAAGAGAGGUGGAGGCGGGCGCUACGAACCCUAUGGAAACGUGAACAAAAGAUACCGUGUUUUUGUCAGCAACAUCCCAUAUGAUGUGAAAUGGCAAGCCCUCAAAGACCUGAUGAAAGAAAAAGUGGGUGAGGUAACGUACGUGGAACACUUAAUGGACGCAGAAGGCAAAUCGAGGGGUUGUGCUGUUGUUGAGUUUAGGACUGAGGAGUUAAUGAAGAAGGCUGUGGAGAAGGUCAACAAGCACAACUUUAAUGGACGGCCCCUAAAAGUGAAAGAGGACCCUGAUGGUGUGAUUGCUCAGAGAGAAAUCAACAAGUCUCAAGGUGGAGGCCCUCAAGGGGGCCAUGGCGGAAUGGGGGCAAUGGGUGGAAUGGGUGGAAUGGAUCGAAUGGGCCCUGGACCAAAUGGCCCCAUGGUCAACAUUCCUCCAAGUCUGAUGAACAACCCCAACAUCCCCAAUGAAAUCAUCCAUGGUCUCCAGGCUGGCAGGAUCGGCAGCACCGUCUUUGUGGCUAAUCUUGACUACAAAGUGGGGUGGAAGAAGCUAAAAGAGGUGUUCAGCAUGGCUGGCAUGGUGGUGAGAGCUGACAUUCUAGAGGACAAGGAUGGGAAAAGCCGAGGCAUGGGCACUGUAACAUUUGAUAUGCCGCUUGAGGCAGUCCAAGCUGUCUCUAUGUUCAAUGGACAGCUUUUAUUCAACAGAGUCAUGCACGUCAAACUGGAUGAGAAGUCCAUGCCCAAAGAUUUUGGACCUGCUGACAGAGCCCCUGCUCUUCCUCGUGGUCUGAGUGGUGUUGGUUUGGGCUUGGGACCCGGUGGCCAGCCCAUUGAUGCUACUCAACUUAACAGAGGAGGUGGAGGAGGAAUGGGAAACAUGGGCCCUGGAGGAAUGGAUGGAAUGGGCUUUGGCAACAUGGGAGGUCGUAUGGGAGGAGGAGGAGGAGGAGGAGGAGGAGGAAUGGACAACUUUGGAGGAAUGAACAACAUGGAUCGUUUUGGAUCUUCAGGGAUGGGCAGAAUGAAUGAGAUGGACCGUGGGAUUGGUGGUGCUUUUGACAGGGAGUUUGGGCGAAAUGAAAUGGGAAUGUCUCGCAAUAAUUUUGGAGACUCCUUUGAAAGAGGAAUGGGAAACUCACUGGGUAUGGACCGCAUGAGUUCUGGAAUGGACCGUCUGGGAACCAGCAUGGAUCGCAUGACAGGGAUGGACCGGAUGGGCAUGGACCGGAUGGAUCGCACGUCUGACCUGGACAGAAUGGGUUCUGGGUUCGACCGGAUGGGCUCAGGGAUGGACCGGCUGGGGCCCAGUAUGGACAGGCUUGGACCUGGCCUGGACCGUAUGAGCUCCAGCAUGGACCGCCUUGGCCCAGGUGGAUUUGACCGCUUAGGCCCAUCUGGUAUGGAUCGCAUGGGUUCCGGAAUGGACUUCGGCUCCCCAAUGGGUAUGGAUCGCAUGGGCAACACUGGGCUUGAUAGAAUGACCAGCAGCUUCGACCGCAUCGGUUCCACUGGCGGACUUGACCGCUUCCCCUCUGGUGGCAUUGACCGCAUGAGCUCUGGCAUGGAUCGGAUGGGGUCUGGAGGUGUUGGUGGUCAGUUUGAUCGCUCUGCUGACUUGGAUCGUGGAUUUGGUGGCAAUUCCUUUGGAGGAGCCGGAGGUCCUGGAACUGGGGGAGGCAAUGUCAGGAAAGGAUGCCAGAUCUUUGUUAGAAAUCUGCCAUUUGACUUUACCUGGAAGAUGCUGAAGGAUACCUUCAGUACAUGUGGCGUGGUUCAGUAUGCUGACAUUAAAAUGGAGAACGGGAAGUCUAAGGGCUGUGGUGUGGUUCGCUUCGACAACCCCGAAACUGCUGAGCGUGUCUGCAGGACCAUGAAUGGCUAUCGGCUGAAUGGAAGAGAAAUUGAUGUUAGGAUUGAUAGAAAUGCAUAAAUUAUUUGUCUGCUUUACAUCUGACAUUUCAUUUAGUUUCAAAUGUCCAUACACUAUGUAUCAUCUGAAUUGCCCAUAAGCAUAUUCAUAAUCUUCAUUAAUUUGGUUUGUUAGAUAUUUGUAACAGUGCAAAUGUUAUUUUAGUUAGUAAUUUGUAAUAGUGUUGUUUUAGGUUUUUGUUUUAGCCUAAAUUUUACUUUUUUCUUUUCUUUUUUUUCUUUUUUUUUCUUUUUUCUUUUUUCUUUUUUUUUUUUAAGAGACCAAA